AUGUUCAAAAUAUCCACACUGUUGGGCAGGAUCAUUCCAUUAACAACUACUAAGUUACCGAAAAAGUCAGUCGUUUUGUUGAGAAAUUUGGCUCUUGGAAGCGGAAUGAGCACAAUAGCCGUGUCCUUGUUUGCUCCAUCUGUCUCUGAAAAGGAAUCUUUAGCAGAGAAACCUAGACGACCUAAAGAUUUGAACUUGGUUCUCCGCGAAACCGAUGCCUUAUAUGAUAAUUACCUGAUUGAUAAUGCAUAUGGCUUAUUAGCUCGUUAUAAAAACUCUGACUGCUCUGAACUAUUAUGGAGGCUUGCACGAGUCUUAUGUGAAAAAGGAAAGCUUAGUAGAGAUCCAGCUGAGAAGAAGAAGUUAAUGUAUGAAGCGUAUGAGGUGGUUCAAAACGCUUUAAAACAUGAACCCAUUGAGGGUUGUUUUGGAGCUCAUAAAUGGUAUGCUAUUUUGCUCGAUUACAUUGGGGAAAUUGAAGGAAACAAAUCAAGGAUCGAGAAGUCCUAUUUGGUACGUGAACAUUUGGAGAACGCUGUGAAAUUAUACGACAAAGAUGCAACAACAUGGCAUAUUUUGGGCAUUUGGCAUUUUUCUUUCGCUGACAUGGGGUACGCAACAAGACUAGUUGCGAAAACAAUUUUUGGAACUCCUCCUAGUUCGACGUACGAGGAAGCUUUGCAUUAUUUUCUGAAAGCAGAGGAAAUAGAAUCUGGAUUUUACAGUACGAACACUUUUUAUAUCGCUGAAGUGUACGAUAGGCUCGGUAAAAAAGAGGAAGCUACCGAGUAUUACAAAAAGGCUUUCAAAAUGCCAGUGGUCACUGCAGACGACAAUAUUAUUCAUAAGAAGGCCUUUGACAAGCUCAGAAAAUUGGGUAUCAAAGAGCGUGAAUUAGUCUAA